AUGAAUAUGUAUUGGCUGGAUGUUGUGUACGACAAUUGGGUGAGAAUGAAUCUAGCACUUUGGCGAAGACAAUUUUGGAGACACGGCAAGUGUUUUGACUAUCCUGAUCAUCCUUUAUACUAUUUCAACAUUGCCUUAGAUUUUAUAAGGAGGGUCAAUCUUCUUCAGAUACUCGACGAUGCAAGAAUUACUCAUCGCAAUAGAGAAGGAUAUCUUGCAUCCUACAUCGCUGGUAAUAUUAGCAGUGCUGGGGGAAAGAGAGUUCAAAUUCGCUGCAACGAGGACGCCAAUAAAGUCUUGCAACUCUCUGAGGUCCAAAUAUGCUUCAAGCCGAAUGGUGUUGCUAUACCUUGCGAACAUGGUUACACUGACUGCACCGAGAAUGAUAUGAUAAACUUCCCUCUUCCUUAG